GCCUGAGGUCGGACGGCUCCCCAACACGAGCUGUCUUGCCUGGCUAGACCUUCGGCGCUUGAGCGUUCAUAAGGACCUAGCGGCCAGCACGUCUUGAGCACCCACGGCCUUCAAGAAGCACGCAAGUUGCAAUUCUGACGAGCGGCGCCAUCAGUGCCUUCGUAGGCGCCGGGUAGAAGAAUGGCGGACUCAUCCAUCUCUGUGGCCGUGCGCAUUCGACCCUUUAGCGCAAAAGAGGCUGCCCAACUCGCACCAGAGGAUCAGCCGGCCCCUUUUCUAGGUGAUGGAGGUCUAUCAGUAGGCUCACCUGCCAAAGCUGGUCCCAGCUCGGGAGCUCGCACGCGCUUCUUGCGUCCUAUCAUACAGCCAGUUGACGACAAGGUCUUGAUCUUCGAUCCACCCGACACUAACCCCAUCUCGAGAUUGCACUCGAACUCGUUUGGCGUGGGAGCAAAGAAGUACAAAGAUGUGAGGUACGCGUUUGAUCGUGUGCUCGACCAGCAUGUAGGACAGGAGGAAGUCUUUCAGGUCACAACCAAACCCUUGCUGGAUGGUAUACUCAACGGCUACAAUGCGUCAGUGUUUGCCUACGGGGCUACAGGAUGCGGUAAGACACACACGAUCUCUGGCAGUCAAACAGAUCCAGGAGUCAUCUUCCUGACGAUGAAGGAGCUGUAUGCCAGGAUCAACGAUGUCAGAGAAGAGAGCGAAGUGGAUCUUCGCCUGUCUUACCUCGAAAUUUACAACGAGACCAUCCGCGAUCUUCUCUCUGCCGAGCCGACGCCCGCUGCUGGAGGAGGACUGUCACUACGGGAGGAUAGCGCCAACAAGAUCAGCGUCGUCGGCAUCACCGAGUUGACUCCUGAAAGUCCAGAGGACGUUCUUGAAGCCAUUGUGGAGGGCAACAAGCGCAGAACGAUGAGUCCCACAGAAGCAAACGCAGUGUCUUCUCGCUCGCAUGCUGUGCUGCAAGUAAACGUCACUCAGAGGCCCCGAGCUUCCGGCAUGACUACAGAAACAACCAGCGCUAGUCUGAGCAUCAUCGACCUGGCUGGAUCAGAGCGCGCCUCUGCGACUGCCAACAGUGGCGCUCGCAUGAAAGAAGGUGCCAAUAUCAACAAGAGUCUCUUGGCUCUCGGCAACUGCAUCAGCGCCUUGUGCGCGACUGCUGGCUCUCGACGAGCACACAUCCCGUACAGAAACAGCAAGCUGACGAGACUGCUGAAAUUCUCCCUCGGAGGUAAUUGCAAGACUGUCAUGAUUGUGUGCGUCUCGCCUUCUAGCGCUCAUUACGACGAGACGCACAACACCCUAAAGUACGCCAACCAAGCCAAGAACAUCAGGACCAAGGUCACGCGAAACAUGCUCAACGUCGACAGGCACGUUGCACAAUACGUGCAAGCCAUCCACGAGCUUCAAGAGGAAAACAAGGAGCUCAAGCGAAAGCUUGAAGAGCGCGGUGUGCUGGAAAAGGAAAGCGAGAAAAGAAAGCGGGAAGAGGUUGCGCGAGAGCUGGACGAGGCUAGCAAACGUAUGCGCGAUAGCACAGACAAUGUUAAGCGACAGAUCAUCGACAAGGCUCACUACCUUGCUCAGAUCGACGGUGCGACCCGGCGCUUGGUACCACUGCGCAGUGCUCUCUCGCAGCUUCCUGUCGAAGAGCAGGACGGAUCGGCUGAAGCUGCUGCUGAGCGAGCCUUGCUCACCGCGCUCAUCAUCCGCGUCGAAGCCAGGGCCAACGAUGCUGCUGCUCUCGAAUCGGCUCGCACACUCGAGAAUAGCGUUCAGAUGCACAAAGGAGUGGUACACGCUGCUACGCACAACUACAAGCUCGACAAUGACGCCACGUUGCGCAUUCGCGCCCAAGGUGACGCUUUGCUGCGUGAAGUAGAGACCGCUCGCGAGACAAGGCUCAACGAGACCCUCAAGCAGGAUAUGGACGUGACUGCUCAAGACUUUGCGCACGCUAUCGCUGCGGCAGCACGAGCUACAGCAGUUCUCAAGGAGGCGGCUGGAGAGCUUCAAUACCGCUCUACCAACAUCGAUGACGCCAAGCUCAAUGAAGAAGAGAGCAUCAAAGAUUUCCUCGCUCGUCUUGCAGCUUCUCAUCGGGCUGUUAGCGCUGUCAACGACCAAGCUUUUGAAUCGUUUGUAGGGGCAGUUACGCCUGUCGUCCACCUUGCGCCGCCUGAGAAGCGCAGGAUCGUUACAGGUCUGCGCCCUCAACGUCGAUCCAACCGUCCUAGUAAUGCAGGGCUCCGCUCGAUUCCAAACAUCGCCAUUUCUGGUCCCGUGCCAUCUGGCUCGCCGGGUCGAGGACCUGCUCGCCGAGCCCGCCAAUCGCUUGCAUUGCCUCGAAUCGCUGGCUCGCCGUCGAAAGCAACAAGAGUAUCAACGGCUAGCGCAUCUUUGACUGCUCCAACGGCGGCGAGCAUGGCUAGAGCUCAUCUGGUAGCCUCGCCUCGCAAGAGGGGGCGCACGAGUGCUGCCGGUUCGAGGAGACAGAGCUUCUUGGGACCCAACCGAGCUGCAUCCCGGCCAAGCAGCGCACUCCCUAUCGCCGUGCCAGAGAAAGCGAAGAAAGCAUUCAGAUGGGCAGAUGAAGCAGGAGAAGGAUACAUCGAUGAUGCUCGUCAUUUGCACUCGGUGCUCAGUGCCGCAGGCAGCAGCAGCACGGAUUCGCAACCAGGCUCAAGCGCCGACGGCAACAGCAGCCCGUCAGCGGCGCACGCACUUGCGCAAGCAAGCGCUGCAGAGCCAAGUUCAGCGAUUUCCUCAAGCCCAGAAGACCCAGUAAGCUCGGGAACAGAAUGGGAAGAUGAGCUUACAGCGUUGAUGGGCCCUGCCGUAUCUCGUAGGACGACGUCUGCUGCACCGCGCCCGCCGGGCAUGCCAAGCAGUGGCACAUCUGCAAGCAUCUUCGACCGCAACGCUCUCGCGCGCAGAGCCGCAACCAAUGCCGCGACUGCAUUCAAUGAUAGCCCUACCGAGCAAGACAUUGCACGUCAAAUGGGCUUGACCUUUCCCUCUUCUUCGACGAUGGGUGCAAUUCCCCGCACUCGUACCUUUUCGGUACCUGCGCGUCCUGACGUCUUGCCACGUCCCUCGCGCGCUCCGUUCGCUGAGCUCAGCGUGCCUUCGCAAGAGACUACGGAGACAGGAGCGGUGCGCUCGAGCCCUUACAAACGUCCCAGAGAUAGCACUGUGGGACCAAUUCGAGCUCGAAAAGGCAAGCGCAGCUCUCUGCCCCGUCUAGCUGAUGCCGUCAUUGGUGGUCCACGAUCGAGCGGAAGUCCUCGAGUCGCUUCCGGCCCUGCCAGCAUGACCCACUCAAACACAACUACUAGAAUGGGUCCUCCGAUGAACACCGCAGCGCGUGCCGGGCAGCGCGAUGGCGGCGCAUCCAAUCAUCCCAGGAGCACGGGCGACGUCAGCUUCCAGAGCGCAGACAUGUCGAACUCCUCCGUGUCUUUCGCCGGUGUUCCGCCAAGACAGAGGACGGGAUCUGGUCUGUCCUUCGGCGGCAACAAGAAUAAUCUCAACCUCAAAUCGGGCGGUCCUCCCAACUCUUUCAGAAUCACUGCUGCUCGCUAGGGCGUUUCUCGAAUUGAGCAACUUAAGCCUCUGCGUUCGCGCACCAUCAUUCUCGUCAUGUCGCUCUUUCCGUUGACCUUUCAUUGCAUCUCGUAUUUGCGCUUCGUUCUCACCCGACCCGUGUUCCUUAUUUCCCCAUACUAAGCUGCAGGCGACAAGCCAAGGCCACCAU